GUUUUAGCGUGACCAAUGAUCGAACAUACAUGAUGGAUGAGGAAAUUAGGCACUGUCGUCCGAGUGAGCGGCGCAAAUAUAUAAAAUGGGGAGCGGACGAUUUCUGGGACUCGCAUGGCAUUACAUAGAUCUGGUUCAUAUCUUUCCUUGUCUUUUUGCUCGCAAUUUCUUUCCGUCCAUUUCUGCCUGUCGUCAUAUUGUCACGUUCCUUUUCCCCUUCUAUUUCUCUUCUCUAUUACUACUUAUAUCUCUCUUCUUUUUUUUCAUUCUUUCUCAUUGCCUUUUUUCCUUUUUUUUUUUUUUUUUUUUUUCUUACUUCCAAACUUUCUCAUCUCUGGAGACGUCUCUAUUUCUUUUUCCAAGCAUUCUCCACCAUUCUCCUUCCCGCCAUUUCCUCGGAGUGUUCUCAUUUUCAUACCAUUUCCUAUUGUAUUCCGCUCGUCUCCUUUGUUGAGCUCUCUCUCCAACUACAUGAUCCUAGCAAAUUCAAAUAUCUAGCAACUAGCUGCCAAAAAGUUGCCAGCAUGGUCCCCACUGCUCGGGGAGGGUCUCGAGUCCUGCGUCCACAGUGUGUCAGUAUCACUGAACUCCAUAUCGCCUUACAUGGAAGAAAAAUCAAAG